AUGAGGAGUCUGCAAAGAUUCAUGGUGGUGGUGGGGCAUGGCGUGGUGGCAGAUUCUUGCUUACCGGACUGCACCGGACACAGUUUUCUGGACAAAGUGGCAGACCCUAAUAACUGCACCAACUACUAUGUGUGUUUUGGUGACGGCAUCGAGUCAGACCAUCCUUUACCCUGCGGUGAAGGGGAAUACUUCGAUGACACUGCUAAUCAAUGCGAUGUUAUGCCCUCCCCACCUUGUACGAAUAAAUGCGACGGUAGCAGUGGUGAUUCCUUAGGCUGCACGGUGACCUGUACCUUUACUACGACUGGCAGUGACCUGGAAGUGGUAUCGGAUAUUGACUGUUCCAAGUACUAUGUCUGUUUUGCCGGGUCAGCUCAAGGUCCCUUCACGUGCCCGGCCGACCACCCCUAUUUCGACGGUCCUUCCAAAACGUGUGGGGACGACCCUACGACCUGCUGCAAUAAGAUAUGUAAGCCGCACUGCCCUGAGAAGGAUAAAGUCGUCCCUGAUCCCAAUAACUGCCGCCGGUUCUACUUCUGCACUGAGGACGAUGCAGUUCCUGAUGAGAUAUAUGGGUUUGACUGUCCGGUCGGCAAGAAUUUCAACCUCCAGCUAGGGGAGUGUACCAGCGACGCGGAGUGUGUGAAAAUCUGCAACAGCAACUCGUCCGAGACCACCACCCCGCCCUCCUCCACCUGCAACGAGUCCCUCACCUGCACAGAAACGGGUUACUUCCCAGUCUGCCCAUACUGCGACCCGCGCUAUCUGAACUGCCCCAGUGCCGGAGUCGAGGCCACCCUCAACACCUGCCCUGGUAGCUUGGUGUUCCAUCCCACCCAGCAUUACUGUAUCAAGCCAGAAAACUGCUCCCCUAGUGUUGUUUCUGCUGUGGUGCCCUGACCUUGCCUGACCUGACCCUGCCUGACCUGACCUGGCCUAACCUGACCUAACUUUGCUGUAUUUUAUCUUAUUUAACCUAACCUAACCUAACCUUACUCUGCUUCACCCAACUUAAUGUCACCUAAUCUUGACACUACUACUACUACUACUACUACUACUACUACUACUACUACUACUACUACUAUCCCGUCCCUUACCACUACUAUCACUACUACUACCAGAAACUAUGAGACAAUAAUGUAACAAAGAAAACUAAAAACAAUUAGAUUACAAUGUCUAAUUAUAUAGGUAUGGUUUGUAUAUGUAAUGGAAUGUGUAAUUCGGGCGUUAAUGAAUGGAGUGAUUGUAAUGCAAGUAACUCCGUGUAGUGAGGAAAUGUGUGGUGAAUAAAAUGGAAAAGUUAUUGUUAUGUAUGAAAUAAUACAUAAUACAAAAACCAGUGAAUUUUAUACAUGCAUACAGUGACGCUUAACUUACUCAUAUGUAUGUAUGUAUGUAUGUAUGUAUGUAUGUAUGUCUUUUUUUAUGUUAGACGGGAAAUUGAUCAAGAACAACAAAAAAAAAAAAGGCCCACAAAUGUAUAUGUGUGUAUGUAUACCUCACAUUGUAUGUUUAGAUGUAUGAUUGUGAAUAAACCUGCACAUGUA